UUUUUCUUUUUUUUUUUUUUUGGACGUUCAAUGAUUCUAUCAUACAAGAAAGAUAUCCUAAAGGGGAGCUGAACAUAAAUAUUCUUAUUUUUCUUUUUUAGUCUUAUGGGAAUUAGCAAACUAUCACAUUUUGUAAAAUCAUAUCCAACUCUGUCUGAAUCAGUCUAUUGGAAAGUGGAUUCAGCCAAAAAUAAAAAUGACACAUUCAUCAUUGACGGCAAUGCAUUUGUAUAUAAUUGUGCUUAUAAUCAUCAAUCUUAUUGGAUUUAUGGAGGUCAAUACAAUACAAUUGCAAAUGCUGUCAAAAGAACAGUACAAACCUUGACAAGGGCUGGCAUUACCUUGGCCUUUUUAUUUGACGGCGCACUUCCAGCAGAUAAGAUAGAGACAAGAAUCAAGCGACAUCGGUCAUAUAUCCAGCGCUGUGCUACAGCAAUGUCAAAUCUCGACUCCAUCAACAAGGUCAUCCUGACUGAUUCUAGUAUAACUCAGCAUAUAGCUGGACUAUUCUUAAUACCUCCACUUACGCUCGAAACAAUCAUCCAGACACUCCGAGAACUAGACGUGUACGUAAAGAUAUGUGAGGCAGAAGCAGAUGGAGAAGUCGUGACUAUGGCGAAAGCAAAGAAUGCCUAUGUUGUCUCUCAGGAUUCAGAUAUGUAUGUGUAUCCUGAAAUCGGUAAAGGAUACAUUCAGUUGGAUAUGUUAAAAGUACCUGUAGCUGAAGAAGCAAGCCACAAACAGUUGUUUAUAUCAGCCACUGUAUUUCAUCCAGAUCGUCUAGCUGUCUUACUCAAGAUAGACCGGAACAUGUUGCCUUUAGUCGGCACACUCUUGGGUAAUGACUAUCUCGAUGGUACUGUAUGUCGUCUUGCUAUCCAAGAAUGGUGUGGUAAGGGUAUACAGUCAGUCAAGAGUCAGCGUGAAUGGCCAAAGAUAGUAGCAGAGUUCAUAAGGAUGAAUAGUCAAGGAGAUGUUAUCGCGAAUAUCACGAGAGCACUUGUGCCUAUUAUUCAAAAGCAUCAAAAAAGUGAUAAUCCAGACAUGAUUGUUGAACUUGAAGAUUGCAUCAAUAAUUCAAUUCAAAGAUACGAUCAAAACAGUCCAUUGGUGAAUAAGGACAGCUAUUCAACAAAAACUAUAUGUAAGGAUCAUCAUAUAAAGCAAACGCAACAAAAAGAAGCGUGGAGUAGGCAGCUUAUGGAUGUGUUGGAAAACCAAACGUUCUGGACAAGUAUAUUCCUUGAAGACGUAGAGAGGAAAUCAAGCUGGACUAUCAGCCAGGCAUUAAGACAAGAAGUAUACAAUUAUUUGGGGGAGUAUAUGCAUGAGCAACAAAUUAUAGAGUAUGUAAGAGAAAAGCAGCAUUUAGAGCCGGUUUCAUUUGCUUUUAAGGAAAGCAAUAAAAUACAAGAUAAAGAAUCACAUUUUAUUAAACUACACAAGAGCGAAAAACUGCAAGUAUCUAAUAUGGAUAGUGGAGUGUACCAUCUGAUACUAUGCCUUCGGUAUAUGAUCUACUACUGUGCACACUCUGCUGAAGAAGAUCAGUUAAAAAACCACGAAGUCAUUGGCAUUAUUGUGGCUACACUUAGGUCAUUAGCUCCUACUCUCGGUUUUGAUGAACAUCAAGUACCCAAAACAUCAACGGAGACUCUUGUUUUGAAAAAAAGAACGAUUCAUUUAGCUGCACAAUUCCAAGGUGUGAUUUAUUCAUCGUAUCUUUUAUCACAAAUCUUUAGCCUAGGUUGUCAAGCACCACUGGCAUAUAUAUAUAAUGGCCUUUACUUUCAUUAUUAUUUGGAGAAAACACAGAAUGGGUCUAGUCUUGGCUCUAUCCUGUCCGAUACUUCUCCAGACUUUUUGCAGCUUUUCUUCAAAACCUAUAGAAUGGUCAUAAAGGACUUUAGGACUGAAAUUUUGGAUGUGUUUGAUUAUAAUAUUCAAGAUACAAACGUAAUCUCUACUGAAAAACCAAAAAGACUAAAUAAGCAGCGAUCUCGCCGACCAGAAAAGAAAGUGAAAUCUAUAAAAAGCGUAUCUAGCAAUAAUCUCUUUAGUUUAUUAGACACACUUUAACCUGUAAAUAAAAAAGUAUUAAAAGAGAGGGGCGUAUGUGCUAAUAUCAGUUAAAUUUUAUUAAAACAGAUAUCCUUUACCAAAAUGUCGUCAAAUUUGCUGAUAGCUAUAGUACAUCUGCAUAACCUUUCCUUAUUUUAUUGUUGAAUAUCACUUUCUCUACUGUCCUUGAAGUCUGCUACUGGUAUGCCAGGCUUUUUGCCAUUUUCGAAAUCGUUCGUACUACUAAACUUGCUUUGCAGUAUGUAUAUUUAGUUUACUACAUUUGUUUAUGAUUAGUAACAAU